CGUGAUCCUCCUUCUCAACACAUGCUCAGUUGAAGUGACCAGAGGUUGGACGAUUUGAAUAUUAUUUUGGGGCUUUCAGUGUGAGCCAUUGAUUUCGAAAACCAAGGACAGCCACCACCGAAACGAAAUGCAGCUGGUAAUUAGACGUUACCGUCCAUCGGACAAGGACGCUGUCUUGGUCCUAUUCAGCGACGGCAUCCUGGAGCAUAUCGGACCAUCGUUCCGCAAUGCUAUGACCCAGCCGCUCUACCUGGUUAUCACCCUGGGUCUGUCUGCUGUCGGCCACCACCUGGGAGGGGGAGCCCUGCUCUGUGCCCUGCUGCUGGCGGGGGCAUGGGUGGCGCUGGUCUACUACUGCUGUUACGAGCUAUAUGACAGCUUUGUCAGAGAGAGGCUGCGUACAGACAUGCUGGACAUACCUGGCUGCUACCUGAGUCAGCCAGACAACUGCUUCUGGGUGGCGGAGGCUGAGGUGGAUGGAAGGUCGGAGGUCAUGGGUAUGGUGGCCGUAGUGGCCAAACAGAGCGCAGGCGAGGGAACAGGGGAGCGGUAUGGGGAGCUGUUUAGGAUGAUCAUCUCGUCGUCGUGCCGACGGAUGGGGCUGGGUUCCAGAUUGGCUCAGACGGUCAUCGACUUCUGCAAGGAGCAUGGCUUCUCCAAGGUUGUCCUGGAGACCAGCUCCACCCAAACAGCUGCUGUGGCUCUUUAUAAGAAGAUGGGAUUCACCCUUGUCCUCACACACACACAGACGCAUGCUCCUGAUUGGAUAACUAAGCUAUCAGGAGUUCAUAUUCUCAAGAUGGAGAAACAGAUACAGGGAUAAGACUGGUGUGGGGUUAAUGUUCAUCCAUGGU